AUGUUUGACAUAACAAAUGCAAACGUUGGUGAAACAAGAAGAAGAGACGACACACUGAAACAACAGAGAAGAGAGAUGUUUAAGAGCGCUAUAGAACAAGUUCGCAAAGCUAACGAUGUCAUUCGUUCCAUUGACGACAAACCAAAAGAAGGUGAGAGAUGGUUAAAGAAAGAUGAAGAGAAUAGGAAGAGAAAUGUGAAGUCAGGCAAUAGACUCAUUGACUUUAACAUCGAAGCUUUAGAUGAACCAAACAGAGACUACUUACACAAACAUUUCGGUAAGGUUUUCAUGAGACUCUUAGAGAAAAUUAAAAUAAACUCACAACAGAGAUGGAUGGUAUGUUAUAAACUUGGUGGAAAGUAUGAAUGUUCUACGUUAAACCUCAAUAAUAUUGGAACAUUACUACAUCAGCUCUUGAAGGAGAACUUUAUAUCAGAGAUAGAAGCAAAUGCUGCAGGUAUUGUUGAAAUGCACUAUGACUUCUUCUUGACAAACAUAAAGAAUCUUACCGAAAUAAAGAUGUAUGAUUUAACAGAAUAUGAAGGCUUAACGAUGUCAGAUGUAAAGAAAGGCAAACCAAAAAAGAGACCAUAUAGAGAUGAAAGCACACUGACAAAUGACCAGAAAGCCAUUUUGGAAGCUCUUAAGCAAACAGGAAACCCAGCACUUAUAGAAAGCUUUUGGAAAGAUAAUGGUGAAAAGAAGUUUUAUAAGAAGAGAAGCGGUCAGUUCUGGAAGUAUCUUUGCACAUUACCUAUAAAUCUUGAACGCUACCAAAUCUUCAAUGAACUGAACAAAAGAACUGCAACAC